GUCACCGCUGAAGACGGCCGCAGGAGUCUUCAGGUGCCGCACCCAUCACGACUUCAACCGAGAAUCGACUCUGUCAACCACCGGGCGCCUCGUGGUCUCCGAGCCCGUGGGACCCAUUUCCCCCCCGGACCCCGAUCCAGACCACCGACCGUACGUCAGUCGGUUUUCCAACACCUACACGCUCUACUGCCAGGUACAGGCCUAUCCCGUGCCCACGUACAGGUGGUUCAAGGUGUCCGAAGAUGAAAACCAGACAGCAGUGGAACUCGGCCGCUACGUGAGGCAAGUGGGAGGAACCCUGGUCAUCAUCAACGCCAAGGUGGAGCACUCUGGCAAGUACCUGUGCGCCGUCGAGAACGCUGUCGGUAUCAGGGGCAUCGAUAUUGAGCUCACUGUCACGGCUCCCCUAAAAGCCCAAGUUGAACCCAAGGUUCAGACCGUUGAAUUUGGCCAACCAGCAACCUUUACCUGCAGCUACCAAGGCAACCCUGUUAAGUCUCUUACUUGGCUCAAGGAUGGCAUUCCACUCGACCACAAGGAAGCUGUUCUUCGCAUUGGCACCGUUGGUCAUGCGGACAAAGGGAUGUACCAGUGUUUUGUUAGGAAUGACCAGGAAUCAGCCCAAGGAACUGCUGAACUCAGACUUGAAGAAGAAUCCAAGCCCCCACAGCUGAUUGACACCUUCCAAACCAUCACUCUCCAACCAGGACCAGCUGUAUCCCUCAGGUGUGCCGCAGCUGGCAGGCCUGCCCCUGAGAUCACCUGGGAAAUCGACGGAGCUCGCCUCGCUCACUCUGAACGCAUGCAAAUCGGUGAAGUGAAUGGUGAAGUGGUCUCCUAUUUGAACAUCUCUGCAGUUGACACAAUUGAUGGUGGCCUCUAUGCUUGCAUUGCUUCCUCCACUGUUGGCUCUGUUCGUCAUGCCGCCAGGCUCAAUGUCUAUGGAUUGCCCUAUAUUAGGCCUAUGGCUAAGUCUGCAGUUGUUGCUGGAGAAAACUUGGUUGUACACUGCCCCGUUACUGGAUAUCCCAUUGACUCUAUUGACUGGGAGAAGAACGGCCGCAUGCUGCCCAUCAACCACCGCCAGAAGACAUUCCCCAAUGGCACUCUCAUCGUUGAAGCUGUCCAGGGCUCCACUGACCAAGGAAAAUACACCUGUGUUGCCCGCAAUAGAGAGGGUUACAUUGCUCGUGGAGAUCUUGAUGUACAGGUCAUUGGACAUACCCCUGGUGACUAUCACGAUCUUGAUGUAAACAACCCCAAUAUUAAGGUUAUUGAUGAUGGACCUCUCCAUAUCAGCAGUAUUCAGAAAUCUCAUGAAGGAUAUUACUUGUGUGAAGCCAGCAAUGGUGUUGGUGCUGGACUGUCAACUGUUAUCUACAUAAGGGUCCAAGCUCCCUCACAGUUCAAGAUUCAGUACCGCAAUCAGACAGCACUACGUGGAAAAGAUGCAGUCUUGGAAUGUGAGGCUGGAGGAGAAACCCCCAUUAGCAUCCGCUGGAGGAAGGACAAGCACAGUGUUGACGACGCAGCUAAACCAAGGUACACAAUCCGUGAAGAAAUGCAUGGUGGCAGUGUCCACAGCAGUCUUAGCAUCAAGUCAGCUGAUCGCACUGACUCUGCCGUUUACACCUGUGUGGCCACCAAUGCUUUUGGAAGUGCAGAUACCAGUAUCAACCUCAGCAUUCAAGAAUGCCCUGAACAACCCAGUAACCUUACGGUUCUCGACGUAGGCAGCCGAUCAGUGGAACUCUCUUGGCCUUCUCCCUAUAAUGGAAACUCUCCUAUCACCCGAUACUUUGUGGAAUAUAAGCUUAGACAACAUGACUGGGAAAAUUAUGGAGAACGCAUGAUGGUGCCUGGAAACCAGACCCAGGCAGCUGUCUUGGAUCUCCGCCCAGCAACUACCUAUCACCUCCGUAUUGUUGCAAGGAAUGAGAUUGGUGAUUCUGACCCAUCAGACAUUGUGACUUUCACCACUGACGAAGAAGCCCCACCUCACCCACCUGAGAUUCAGCUCCAGUCAAGCACCACCAAUAGCAUUGAGGUUAAGCUGACACCUUCUAUGAUUGAUGACACCACACCCAUUCAUGGUUACACUAUCUACUAUAAGCCUGAAUUUAGUACCUUGGAGACUGUACAGGUUCCAGCUUCCACAAGAUCAUACCUUCUAGAAGGGUUGUGGUGUGGCUCUCGUUACCAGAUUUAUGCUUCGGCUUACAACAAGAAGGGCACCAGUGAAUCUUCUGAGAUCUUGAACACGCGCACAAAGGGCAAGAAACCUGAGAUUCCUGAGGUUCAUCGUGUUGUGGAAGUCUUUCCAAUGGCCAUCGAACUCCACCUGGAAGCAUGGGGAGAUGGUGGUUGCCCCAUGAAUUACUUUGCGCUUGAAUACAAACCAAGGCACCAGACUGAAUGGAUAACGGCAAGCAACCAAGUGAGGCCAAUAGGAAACUACAUUAUCAUGGAACUGACUCCUGCUACCUGGUACAAUCUUCGUAUCUCUGCUCAUAAUAAUGCUGGAUCUUCAGUUGCUGAAUAUGAAGUUGCUACCUUGACUCGCACAGGAAGUAGCUUAACAUGAAUAAUGUCAAGACAAUAUUAAUAAUUUUUAAAGGUUUUCAGUAUCUUUGAAUUUUGAUGUUUGUAAACUUAGCUUGGUGGUUUUGCUUUGAAGAUCCUGUAAGCUAAAUUAGGUUAUUUCUAGUAUUAUAAAAGCUAUUGGAUAUGUGUCUUUACUCUGAUGAACUAAAGCAAAAAUAAAGUAAAAAUCUAGUGAAAAAGUAAGUCAGUGUAUGGCUGACGUUCAUGUUCAUGUGUAUGUGUUCUUUUCAAUGUGAUAUAUUUUUUUAAUUAUGGAUAUGAAACAAAAAUAUUCAUGAAAUUACCUAUGCCAAUUUUUGUAAAGUAGUGUUGCAUAGGAAUAUAUUUAUUACAUAUCAGUGAAUCAAUUAUUUUGCGUUUAGUAUCUCUUUGAUAGCAUUUUACUUUUAGUAAGGAUAAUAUAAAUUUUAAGGAAAGCUAUAUGAUAUAAAGCACACAUUAUUAUUAUUGUUUUAUUAUGUUUAAGAUUUCUGAUCCUGUUUAUCUCUUCUAUAGUUAUAUGAAAAAUAUUAUAUUAGCUUGGUGCUAUAAGUUUAUGUUUAGUGGCUCAGGCUUAAUAUAUUGUUGUUUAAUACAAUGGCAUAGACAAA